GCGGGAAGCGAGCUGGACUCGCUUUCGGGCGCAUGGAACAUGAUAGAGAUGUCGAGCGGAAUCGGUGCAACUGCAAUGGGGAUCGGCGUUAGUCACGGGACAGGGGGUGGCGAGGGUGUCGCCGGUGGUUGCCGGUUACGCGCCCAGAGCCAAAGCCAGGCAUCCGGCUCCACGACCCAGCACAACAAUCCGCAACAGUCGUCGCAGCAGCAGCAGCAACAGCAGCAACAACAGCCUCCGUCGUCUCAGCAGCAGCAGCAGCAGCAGCCACAGCAACGCUCGGGGAUCAUGGGACGAUCGAAGAAGGACAACUGUUGCCUGUGCUGGUGUUGCAGUUGCUUGUGGAAUAAAUGUUUGGCGGCGAUCGGGGGCAACUCGGCUGGCGCAGAUGGCGCGGGCGACCAGGGGAAGAAGAAAGGGAACGCGAGCGUCGGCGUCGGCGGCGGCGGUGGCGUCGGUGAGCACAGGAGCAGCGUCGCCGAGCACGCAGGUGCGGGGAACGGUCUGGACGGUCUGGACGGGAUCGACGGGAGCAUGGAGUGCAGCGUGGACGAGGUCAGGACAUGGGGCUCAUCGUUCGAGAAGAUGAUGAGGCACACAGCGGGCCGCGAGCUGUUCAGAGAGUUCCUCAGGAGCGAGUUCAGCGAGGAGAACAUCGCGUUCUGGAUGGCGUGCGAGCAGCUCAAGCGCGAGAACGACGCCGAGAUGGUCGAGAAGAAGGCGCAAUUCAUCUACAAGGAGUACAUAUCCACAGACUCGUCGAAGGAAGUGAGCCUGGACUCGCGGGUCCGCGAGAUAGUGAACCACAACAUGACGCAACCGACGCCGCACACCUUCGACGAGGCCCAGCAACAAAUCUACACUCUGAUGCAGCGUGACUCGUACCCCCGUUUCGUGAACAGCGACAUCUAUCGACGGAUGGCCAGACUGGACAACGGGCCACCGAGCGCGACCAACGACGAACAACAACAACAGCAACAACAACAACAACAAAACAUUACAGGGAAAUCGAAGGGGAAGAAAGGAGCGACGUAAUCGCUCGUCGACGCGACCAGGGUGGAAGCGGACCAACACACACACCCACCGUCUACAGAGCCGGUGGUCCUCCGUCGAUCGCGAUCGAAGAACUGACCCCUCGCGGAAACGUCACUGGAGAACCCCUGGGUGGGACGAUCUUAACGAUCCAGGACCAUGAUCGAGGAGGAACACCGUGUCGACUACCAAUCCCCCCUAAACCAUCGACGUCGGAUCAUCCCUAUCCGACGUGGGUAGAUCCCAUCGGCGGCCAAUGAUCUCGGAAGAACCAACUCGAAGCGACUCGCUCUUCCAUUGGCGACCGCCACAUCGGGGCCACCGUGACCACGCUCGCCGUGACUGCGAACGUGCGCACGAAACUUGACGAUGGACUGAAUUAUUUAAAAGAUAAACGAAGAAAGAAGAUACGUAAGCAAAAAAAAAAGAGGAAUGAAACGCGCACACGACCACGCACACGUCUAGCGUAGAUCGUUAAACUGGACGCUUCCAAAGGGACACUUUGGUAUUCACGCUUGUAUUCACCGUUGACGCGGUUAGAUUCGAAGAAUCGGGACGGAAACAUAUACACAUACACAC